AUGACACUCUUGCUCGCCGAGACAUUCGCCAUGCCAUCCGAGUCUAGCUGCGCAAUUGCACGCGACGCCAUGGCAAACUCUCCCCCAAACUACCCUGCGCCCAUCUCCCUUGACCCCAAACCUUGCCCUCAUCUCCCGCGUAGCGUGCGAACCCUCGUCGUAGCGUGCGAACUCUCCGCGUGGCGUGCGAACCCUUUGCCGACCGUCUGGCCUCUCUUCAACCUUCCCAUGGCGUGUUUCGCGCUUUGGAUUUGA